AUUUGUGAUGUUGCGAUUAAGUUUAAGCUUAAUGCGAAGAAAUGUUUUUAGAUAUCCUAUGCCAUUUAUGGCUUUCUCGUCAGAUAAAGAACCUCCUAAAGGUAUUUUUGCUUGAGAAAGCUUAUAGGGUUUUAAAAAUUUUAGAGAAAAUCGAAACUCCAAUAGGAACAAAAGAAAGAAGAAAAGUAAGAGUAAAAUUUAGAAUAAGAAGAGAAUAGAGAAAAAAAUGAAUAGGUAAUUAAAGAGGAAUAAGAGGAUGAAGAAUAGCAAUAAAAAGGUAUAGAGUGAAGUAUAUUAAAAUUUAGUCGAAAAACCUCAGAAAAAGAAAUAUCAAUUCACUUAUGAUCCAAAAUCAUUUAAUUUGUAAGAUGAAAAUAAGAAGGAAUAGAAAUAAGAGAAAUAAGAAAAAUAAGAGUAAUAAUAAGAGAAAUAAGAUGUUAAGGAGGAUGAAUAAAAAGAAUAGUAGCAAUAAUAAUAAUAAUAAUAAUCUUAAAAGAUAUCUCCAUUAGCUAAUAUUAAUUUUGAAAAAGUUUAUGAAUACUUCAACAAUCCUAAAAAUCGAAAUUAUAUUUAUAUGUUCUUAGGAGUUAGUGGUUUAGCUGCAUUAUAUUAAAUUACAAAUUAAGAAGAAGAAAUCACGUAUACAGAUUUUCUAAAAAACUAUCUAGAGGUUAAUUAAGUGAGUUCGAUUACUAUUUAUAAGAAUGAAACAAGUAGAGUGAAUUAGGCAUCUAUUAUGACAUUAAGAGGACCAUCAAAAAGAUUAAUGAUUAUGAAUGUGGAUAAUUUUCUAGAAAAUCUGGAAAGAUUUUAGACUGAAAAAGGAUUGAGUCCUGAAUAAUUCAUACCUGUUAAUUUUGAAGCAUAAUUAGAUAAAGGUAAAUUAAUGGAUAGAGUAUUAAAUGUUUUAUAUUUUGGUGUCACUGUUACAUUAGUAAUAGUUCUAUUUUAAUCACUUAAAAGUAGUAUGGGAGGUAUCAAUAAAGGAAGUGGUGGAGCUGGAGGAAAUGAUGUAUUUGGAUUUGGUAAAUCUAAUGUAAAAUAAUUUGGAUUUGAAUAAAAUGUAAAAGUAAAGUUUAAGGAUGUUGCUGGAUUAGAUGAAGCUAAAUUAGAAAUCAAAGAAUUUGUAGAUUUUUUAAAGAAACCUCGUAAAUAUAAGGAAAUGGGAGCAAAAUUACCAAGAGGUGCAUUAUUAGCAGGUCCUCCAGGAACAGGUAAGACAAUGGUGGCAAAGGCAUGUGCUGGAGAAGCAGGAGUUCCAUUUUUUUUUGUAAGUGGUUCAGAUUUUGUUGAAAUGUUUGUUGGAGUAGGAGCAAGUAGAGUUAGAGAUUUAUUUAAAUAAGCAAAAGCUAAAUCUCCAAGUAUCAUAUUUAUUGAUGAAAUUGAUGCUGUUGGUAGAAAAAGAGAUGCUAAAAUUGGAGGUAAUGAUGAAAGAGAUAAUACAUUGAAUUAAUUAUUAGUAGAAAUGGAUGGAUUUGGAACAGAUACUAAUGUUAUUGUAUUAGCAGCUACUAAUAGAAAAGAAUUACUUGAUCCAGCAUUAACAAGACCUGGUAGAUUUGAUAGAUCAGUAGAUAUUACAUUACCAGAUAUAGAAGGUAGAAAAUAGAUAUUUAUGGUUCAUUUGACACCUUUAAAAUUAGAUCCAUCAAAAACUAUGGAAGAAUAUGCAAAAAGAUUAGCUACUUUGACUCCAGGAUUUAGUGGAGCUGAAAUUGCUAAUCUUUGUAAUGAAGCAGCUAUCAUGGCAGCCAGAGCUAAUAAAAUUUAUGUUGAUUCUAAUGAUUUUGAAAUGGCAUCAGAAAGAGUAAUGGCUGGUUUAGAAAAGAAACGAAUAAUAAGUGAAGAAGAAAGAAAAACAGUUGCAUAUCAUGAAUCUGGACAUGCUGUUGUCAGUUGGUUUUUAUAAGGAGGACAUCCAUUACUUAAACUAACUAUUAUUCCCAGAAGUAAAGGUUCUUUGGGAUAUGCAUAAUAUUUACCAAAUGAAUCAAGUUUGGAAUCUAAAUAAGAAUUAUUGGAUAGAAUUUGUUGUAUUUUGGGAGGAAGAAUUUCAGAGGAAAUAUUUUUUAAUUAAAUCACAACUGGUGCUUAUGAUGAUUUGAAGAAAGCUUAUGAGGUAGCUCAUAGUAUUGUUACCAAAUUUGGUAUGAGUGAAAAUAUUGGUUAUAUUGGAUUUUAAGAAGGUGAGUUCUAGAAACCUUAUAGUGAUAAUACCAAUAAGAAUAUAGAUGAUGAAAUAAAGAAGAUAAUAGAGGAUUAAACUUAGAGAACUAGAGCUUUAUUGAGAGAGAAGAAAGAUUUUGUUGAUAAGUAAUUAUAUUAAAUAAUAAUAAUAAUAGAUUGGCAACAAGUUUAUUGGAUAAGGAAACUCUGGAUCUAUAGAAAAUAAUAGAAGUAUUAGGAGAGAGACCAUUUCCUCCUCGAUCUAAUUAUAAAGCAUAUUUAGAAAUCAAAAAGGAAGACUAAAAAUAAGGUUCUGAAUGA